AUGUCUGCGAUUAGGACCCGGUCGGAUCGCCAGAAAAAGUAUCUUCAGGAUGUCAUCGCAGGAAAGCACUCAGUCCAGAAUGUGAACGACUUCAAGGGAUUUGUCGAGGCAAUUUUAGCCCAAAAUGACCACUCUGUUGCUGUUGAACGUCUCAUGGCCAGCCCCGGCGCGUUGACUGCCCUUCACAAGGGACUGCGAUUUAACACAACGUCUGACUUCAUUAACCAGUACAAGGCCAAGUUAUUACAAUACUUGAGCGAUCCGGGAAUCAAAACCCUCUUGGAUGUUACUGCAGACGCGCAGACGAUGGUGAACGAUGGGUCACUGUUUCGCUCUCCUUCAUUCGAGCUGCGUGGACUCGGCCACAAGCUGAACCAUUUCCUGCAAAUGAAGUGUUCUGGGAACACAAUCGACCCGUCCGCGUUCACAGCGGGCGGCCGUCAUGAUAACGAUUUCUUUGAUUUCCGAAAAAUUGCCAUUCUUCCAACUUCCGAUGAGUUUAGCUGCACGGAAAGACCAUUCCCUCGUCGAGCCGAUGAUGAUGUCCAGAUUGCAAAUGGGAGGAAAAAGGGGCGAAAAUCGACGUUCCGCCUGAGGAAUCUUUCUGUUGCCCGGCUCUCCUACGGCAGAAACGAUGGCAUGCGACUUCACGCAUGCUGCCUGGGACAAAACCGAAAUUUUGUGAAGCACCAAGCCUUUGGGUGCUUGACCCGGGGAGCCGAAAUUGUGGCCUUCGUUACCAUAGAAAGGGAUGAAGAUGCUCUUUUAUACAGCGACGUACAUUUCAUUCUUGUGGAGACGCCCAUGUUCGCCUACGAACCCAUUCUGAAGUGCCUUCAAGAGACAGUGGACAUUCCCUUGACGGAGGAAUUAUUUCUGCACCAAAAAGGCCAGUCCGUGAGAGAGUCAGACAUUGUCCCUCUGAAUGUGACCAACGCAACCAAGGAGCAGGGCGUUGGUGAUAUCCAAAGCAUUUUGGGAACGUCAAAGCCGGUGAGACUGGAUCCAUCACAGCUCGAGUCACUGCUUGCGGGUUUGAUUCAAAGAGUCAGCCUUAUACAAGGUCCUCCAGGUACUGGGAAAUCAUUCAUCGGCGGCCUCCUGACCAAGGUCCUUCACGACCAUACGAACGAGAAGAUACUUUUUUUGGAGGACCUUUUGGACAUUGGUAUUAAUCCUUCAGGCAUACCGCUCAGUUUAUUUGAACAGCGAUCAUCGUACAAGAGGUCACAAGAAUCGUGGAACAUACUAAACAAACUGAAAAGCGAUGCACAUUCUGCCAAGGACGCGUUGAAUACUGCAUUUUCAGGCUACCGAAACCUUGUUUGCACCUCACAUAUUGUCAUGGACUAUCUGGAAUUUGAGGAACCGGAUAUUUAUGACACCCUUGCGCUGCCAGAGGAAGAGAUUGGCAUGACGACAUUCGGUAGUGGAGGCCACGCAAUUGGAAAAGAUUAUCUAUACGCGCGCUGGGUCAAGGGUAUGGAUGCCGGGGUGUUCGCGAAUUGCCUCCCUGACGCCAGCCACAGUGUUUGGGAGAUGAGCAAGAACGUGAGAAAUGAGAAACGUCGCGCCUGGGAACAUGCAAUACUGGACGAACAGAUCUCGACUGUGAAAAACCAUGCCGCACAGUUCAACCAAUAUUGCAGCCGAUUAGAGAACCUUUUUGGCGACAAGACCAGGGAUAUUCUACGAUCCAAAUGCAUUAUCGACUGCACAACUACAGCCGCCGCUAAAUAUUCAAAGGACAUUCGCAACGCGAAAAUCCUCAAUUCACAUGUCCUCGCGGCAUUGGCCCCAAAGACGAAGCAGUUGGUGCUGAUCGGGGAUCAUCUGCAGCUACGGCCCAAGAUAAACGAGUACGCAUUAAUUAUCGAGAAAGGCGAUGGGUACAAUCUGAAUGUUUCCCUCUUUGAGAGGCUGAUCCAUGUCGGGUAUCCGCAUGCAACAUUACUAAAGCAGCACAGAAUGUGUCCGGAAAUCUCAGCGCUUGUUCAACGUCUCACGUAUCCCAAUUUGGAAAACGAUCGAAAGACCAUGAAUUGUCCCCGGCCGCGAGGAUUGCAGGAUCGCGUAAUCUUCUUCCAGCAUGAACACCCUGAACUCAGCUUCACGGAAGUAACCGAUAAACGGGAUGAAGGAUCCAAACAAAGCAAGAAGAAUAUUUUUGAAGCAGAGAUUGUUUUGCAGAUUGUCAAGUACCUCGGCCAACAGGGUUAUGGAACCGACAAGCUGGUUGUCUUGACCCCUUACCUGGGACAGCUGCAUCUUCUGCGAGAGACUUUAAGUAAACAAAAUGACCCAGUACGGAACGACCUUAAUUCAUACGAGCUAGUCAAGGCGGGCUUUCUCUCUCAAGCGGGUGCCAACCAUUCAAAGCGGCGGAUUAAGCUGUCGACGAUAGAUAAUUAUCAAGGUGAAGAAUGUGAGAUUGUCAUCGCGUCUCUAACGCGAAGUAAUAAAAACGGAGACAUUGGUUUUAUGGCGGCUUCUCAACGUUUGAAUGUCCUGUUGUCACGGGCACGGAACGUUUUGAUAAUUGUUGGAAACGCGAACACAUUUGUCUCAAGUCGGAAGGGAGAAAGUCCUUGGAGGCCGUUUAUGGAUCACCUAAAAUCCAACGGCCAUCUCUAUGAGGGAUUACCCGUUAAGUGUGAACAACAUCCUCAGAAGACCGCAAUUUUAAAAACAAUGGGCGAUUUUGAAAGUGAAUGCCCUGAUGGUGGCUGCCCUGCACCAUGUAGUGUCAAGCUGCGGUGUGGGAUCCACGAAUGUCCAUCUAGGUGCCAUCAGCUGGUCGACCAUUUCAAGAUGACAUGUACCAGGAUCAUUGAGUGGACCUGUUCGCGUGGACAUCGCAGUUCCCAGGCUUGUGCGCAGAUCAAAGGAGCCUGCCGGUUUUGUAAUGAGGAGAUCGGGCAAAAGAACGCAAGCGACAACGGAACCUCAAGCUUGAAGCAGAGAGAGAGAGAGAAGGCAAAAGGAAUACACCGUCAACUUGCCGAAGCCCAAGAUGAAAUCGCACAUUUGAAGCAACAAUCCAAAGAGGCAAGACCCAGCUAUAUUCAGACAGCUUUCACCACCAAGGCACCAAAAGCCAUCAGUGACACAACCACCAAGCCAAUUGCCGAUGAACAGGUCCCUCAAGGCAGCGGUGGAGUUAAAUGUCGCCAGAACAAGUCUGCGACGACACCAUCAGCUGCUAAGGAUGAUUGGGAGUACCAGAAAAAGCUCCUUGAUGCUCAAAGUCGGGAAAUUGACACGUUGAUGGAGCUGAUCGGACUUGAAUCCAUCAAGGAAAAGUUUUUAACUCUCAAGGCCAAGGUCGAUGUAUGUUUUAGGCAGGGAGUUGAUUUGCAAACCGAAAGAUUCGGGUCUGUCUUGCUCGGAAACCCAGGUACAGGAAAGACAACGGUGGCGCGACUUUAUGCUCGCUUCCUGGCCUCCGUAGGAAUUAUCCCAGGGGAUACAUUCAUUGAGACAACCGGUUCGAAGCUGGCAAACGAUGGUGUGUCAGGGUGCCAGAAGACCCUCGAAAAGAUUCUGAGCACCGGUGGAGGCGCAUUGUUUAUUGACGAGGCAUAUCAACUUGCGCAUGGAAGCAGCUUCGGAGGAACACAGGUCCUAGAUUUCCUCCUGGCAGAGGAUGAGAAUCUCACAGGGAAGAUUAAAUUUUUCUCCCAUAAUCCGGGGUUUCCAAGUCGCUUUCCUCAUGAACUCAAGUUCAAUGACUAUGACGAUAACGAAUUGUUGAAAAUUUUUGAUUACAUUGAGGAUGGGCCGAGCGGACUGUACAGCCGUGGCCGCGAGGGGUUUGCUAAUGCAAGGGCGAUUGAGAAUAUCGGGGCCAGAAUUGCAGAGCGACAGUCCGAGAGGCUCAAACGGGAAAGGCCAAACCGGGUCGGUCAAUCAGAUGACUUUUUGUUGACGGAGGAUCUCAUAGGGCCGGACAUGAUUGGUUUGGGAUCAGUGAAGACGACUGUCCAGUCAUUGCUGGACAGUAUCCAGUAUAACCACCAACGUGAAUUGCAAGAACUGCCACCGGUCGAGUUUACCCUGGCCAGGGUCUUCCUGGGGUCACCUGGGACUGGUAUAACAACAGUUGCGAAACUUUGCGGUCAAAUAUUGGUCGAUAUUGGGAUUUUAUCUAACGGCGAAGUGGUAGUAAAGAAUCCGUCAGAUUUUGUUGGCAGCGUGAUUGGCGAGUCUGAGAAGAACACGAAAGGCAUACUUGCGUCUACUUUAGGCAAAGUUUUGGUUAUCGAUGAGGCCUACGGCCUCUUUGCAGGGGGCACUUCGGACGGCACUAGUGCGAAAAGCGAUCCAUACCGGAGUUCCGUGGUGGACACUAUCGUGGCGGAGGUGCAGAGCACAGCCGGUGAAGAUCAAUGUGUUCUGCUUUUGGGUUACCGGGAACCGAUGCAGCAGAUGUUUCAGAACGUCAAUCCAGGCCUCAGUCGACGGUUCCCGCUAGAUCAGGCGUUGGAAUUUCAAGGUUUUGCCAAGGGGGAAUUGGAUCAGAUCCUUACCAUGAAGCUGAAAGAGCAACGGUUCAAUGUCACCGAACGUGGUCGAAGGGUAGCCUUGGAUAUGUUAGAACGAGCAAGAAACCGGCCUAUUUUCGGAAAUGCAGGGGAGGUCAACAUUCUGCUCAACUCAGCGAAAAUGCAGCUUCAGAAACGGAUCUCUUGUGCGCGUCAUGCGGCGGGUUCGUUGCCGUCUACUUUGGACGCUGAAGACUUUGACGAAGACUUCGACCGUAGUGAGAGAGAUGACAGAAAUGUGGCAAGGCUAUUUGAGGGUGUGAUAGGAUGUGACGAGAUUAUUGCGAAGUUAGAGGGCUACAGACAAAUUGUUAGGAAGAUGAGACAGUUGGAAUGUGAUCCCCGCAAUGAAGUGCCCUUUAACUUUCUUUUCCGUGGACCUCCAGGCACAGGGAAAACGAGUACAGCAAGAAAACUGGGGCAAAUAUACUAUGAUAUGGGCUUGCUGGCUUCGGCAGAUAUCAUUGAGAUUUCAACUACAGAUCUGGUUGGACAAUACGAAGGGCAGACUGGUCCGAAGACGCAACAAACACUUGAACGUGCGCUUAGUAAAGUUUUGUUCGUUGACGAGGCAUAUCGCCCUGCCGACGGAAAGUUUGCGCAACAAGCCAUGGACCAGAUUGUGGACCGCAUUACCAAACCCCAAUCCGCGCAAAGACUGAUCAUCAUUCUCGCUGGUUACAAUGCAGACAUCAACCACUUGAUGACUAUUAAUCCAGGACUUGCAAGCCGCUUCCCGGAUUCAUUUCAAAAAAAAGAUACGCAAGAUAAGUCCAAUGUGGAUUUUGACCUUGGCGUCCUUGAACAACCACGAGACGAUUUCCAUGGAGAGAUGAGUCGGCAUUUCAAUCGCCUCUCGAGAAUAGCCACCUGGGCAAAUGCGCGUGACGUCGAUAUCCUUGCCAAGGACAUUUUCAGAAAGGUUCUCCAGAACACCAAUCGGAAUGGCCUUGUUUUUACAGAACCGAUCGUACUCCAAUGUUUGGAUCAGAUGGUGACCGAGCGCUUGAAGAGAGAACAAUGUCAGCGCACGCAAUAUUUACCGUCCCGGGAUAAGGCUGAGGUAACACCUCCCAGUCUGUCUAUUAGAGUUAAGAGCAAUAGCUCCUCCAACACGAACAUGGCAAUGAGCAACACAUCUGAUGCUACAACUCGUUCACCUCCCGGCCACCGGCCUACAGAUAUUGAUUCACGAGAUACUGACGUCACGGAUGAAGUGUGGAGCCAACUCCAGCAGGACAUGGUCACUGCUGAAGCUCGAGACAAGGAAUAUCUGAUUUUGAAAGAGACCGAGGAGACCAAAGCAAAGGCUCUCCGGAAAGCAAGGGAAGAAGAGGACCUUGUGGUUCGGGAAGUGGAAGAAGCAAGGCAAAGUGGGCAUGAGGAAACUAGGGCCCGUCAUGAACAAGCCCGCGUGCAACGCGAGCUAGAACGAAGGGCACAGGAAGAGGAACUAGAAAAAAUCCGCAAACAGAGAGAGCAAAUGGAACAAAAUCGCCGCUGA